AUGAUUUUACCUGCCUUUCUAUUCAUUCACAUUCUGGUGAGCUGCCUCGUCACUGCAGUGAACGCCCAGUCUGACAGCAGCACCAGUCUGGUGGUGGCGGCGUACAACAUGAGCGCCCCCGCUGGCUCAAGCGUGGUACUGCAGUGUGUGAGCGGCCGGAUGGUUUGGACGCGGGACAGACUUCGGGACAGACAGCGGGUCCUGCACUGGGACAUGUACCGGGCCAGUCCAGAUUACGUGAUGGAGCGUGUGGUCGACAUGUUCUCUGGACCCGGAGGAGACCAGCGCAUCUACAACUCCUACAACGUGGGCAGAGUGAGCGUCAGCAAGAAGGCUUUCAGGGACGGGAACUUCUCUCUGGUCAUCAAAGACGUGACGAUGAACGACCGUGGGCUUUACUCUUGUAACCUGCAUCAUCUCUACUGUCACCUGUACGAGACUGUGAAGGUCCAGCUCAACGUCACCAAAUCAAAGCGCAAGGAGCAGAGGUACUGGGACGGACAGAAGGCUGUGUUCGUGGUUCUUCUUGGGUCCACGGUGGUUCUGCCCUGUGUGAACAGACGGAGCGUUUGGACCGACUGGAGCAACGACGAGGAGGAUCAGCAGGUGGUGCACUGGGACCGUCAGUCUCCCGGUGUGCUUCAUGACAGAGCAGAUCGGCUCGUGGAUCUUUACGCCUCUGGAGAACAGCGCAGCUACGGACCGUUGUUCCUGCGACGCAAAAUGAACAUCAGCACUCAGGCCUUCUCAGAGGGAGACUUCUCUCUGACCAUCUCCAAACUGCAGGCCACAGAUGAAGGCCUGUACUCGUGUCACCUGCACCAUCACUACUGCGGUCUUCAGGAGAGAAGGCAGUUCCAGCUCACGGUCCAACCAGCGCUGAUGGAGCCCACUCAGGCUGCACGCUCCCUGCCGAGCGAGGACCAGGAUGCUGAUUCUCCGCGGGUCAUAAACGUGAUUCUGUCUGAUCAGAAACACCACUUCCUGCUUCCUGUGGGAUAUGUCCUCACUUCCUGUUUGCUACUGGCCUUCAUCGUGCUCAUCAUCCUCCUCAUCACUCGCAGACGACAGAGAAAAGAGCCGUAUCCACAGGCGUCGACACGGUGGAGCCGCAGUGAGAGCAGUUCAGAGGAGCUGGAGAUGGAAGUGUCUGAGGUGAACGUGUCCAGAGAAGAGCCGCUGUUCGAUUACAAAAACAACCUGCUGAAGGCAAAGGCCCAUCGGAACUCAGAGCCCAAAGUAAUCGACCUGGACAAAGAAAUGGAAAAGUUUCGAGUAGCCCCUGACUGCAGUCCGCAGAUCGGGGCGGAGCUCAACGUGGGCGGAGUCAAACGUUUGACUCCGUCCACGUUGAGCUCCGCCGAGGCCGAGCGGGAGCUAGGCAUUGAGGACUGUGCGUAUGACAGAGAAGGAGAAGAAGCAGAGGAGAAGAAGAGCUAA